AUGGACGACUAUAUCAAGACCAUGUUGGAAGAUUUUCCUGUCAAGUUCAACAAGGAUUCAAAGCAGGAAACACCAGCUGGUAGCAAUUUACUGGAAGCUGGGAAAGGAAAGUUACUCAAUGCUGAGUACCGUCAAAUCUUUCAUACUACUGUUGCAAGGGGACUGUAUGUCUCUAAGAGAGCUCGUUUGGAUAUCCAUCAAACGAUUACUAUUGUUGCCUUGAGAGUUCGAGUACCUACAGAGUCUGAUUGGAAGAAGUGUCUUUCGAAGAACGUCGGAGAACCCGCUGUUCUCACUGCGACAUCUGCCCGACGCUGGGUUUCCGGAGUAAUCAAUUCGGAUUUCGCCGGAUUGGACUCGGAGGACUCAAUUGGAAAUCCCCCCGACAAGACCUACGAAUUGCUCACCAAGACCUUGGCAGCCGUGGAGGAGAGUAAUAAGACAACAAAGACCUCCGUGGAAUCGCUUUCGGAGGUAGUGGUAGCGGGCAUGCAUGGACAAGCAUCGGACAAGGUGCCCCCAAAUACAGUGGAAAAGAAGUGGCCCACAAGACUCUCCUAUCUGAAGAGAGUGGCUGGUACUACGACCUCAGCGCAGCUUCCCAUCCUCUGGCAUGAGCUAGCAAAGUGUAAGAAGCACGAAUCAAUUGGAAUUGUGCAGUCCCUGCUGGAUGAUGAGGCCAAAAAAUUGAAUCUCAAUUUGGAAUUCAUCGUUUCAGCCCGAGUAAUCAAGAGCCUGGUGGAAUUGGAAUUUUGUUCGCGCGGCGACGUUGAAAAGGGGUUGAACGUGUUUAAUAGUGUCUGUUUCCAGCACUACAAAAAUGCAAACGCGAUCAACGAUUACAACAAGAGCGAUUACUGGUUGACAGGCGAGAAGACGACCGCGUCAAUAAAGGAUCAUCAAGCCCACAACAAGAUCAAGCACGCUAUCUUCCCAAGGGAUCCCAUGGAGUUCCAUGAGAUGGUCAAUGGUAUGCGGGUAUUCUACCGUGUAGUGUUUGGAAAAACACAUCCACUGACAGCCGUGUACGAAAAGUUUGCAAAGAAUGUGGAUUCGAUCGCACAAAAAAUGGAAGUGUCCCAACAGGAGCGAGCACUCGAGCGGUUCCUCUUCGGAAUCUAUUCCUGA